CUCAUCAAUGUCACUAUCCGUAUAAAACCUGUCCCGGCUGAACGAAAGUAAACAAACAAACGGCGAAAUGAGUGAUAUGGGUAACCAAAGGGAUCAAGCUAUUAAACUAGAAAACGGUGCAGCCAAAGACUAUGACCCACUGGAUGAAUCAACAGCUGACGGACACCAGGAUAACGAGGAAACAGUCGUCAAGAAACGGAAAUUCAGAAAGAUCGAUGAGGACGGUGAAGAUAUUGGUUGGACCCAUGAGUACGAGGAAACCGUCGUACGUGAGUUGAAAAAUUUUCCUUGUCUGUGGAACACGAAACUGGCUACAUUUUCAAAGAGAAAUGUCUGCGAUCCAGCUCGGAAACACAUCGUUUUUAUGCUGAAACAAAACCAUCCGAACGCUUCCACUGAAAUUCACGACAAAUUAUUUACACCACAAAGUGUCGGCAGAAAAAUACGAAAUUUGCGUCUAGCUUAUAAGAAGAUAUGGCAACGGGACGGAAGCAGCGCGAAAUGGCGACAUUUCCGGAAUUUAUCCUUUCUGCAAUCAACCAGUACAAAUAGUGCGGACACAGAGAUGAACGAUGAACGGGAAUUUCAAUAUGAUGAUUCGUGCUACGAGCCACCUUUUGUAACACUAAAUUGCAGCAACGACGAAACAACAUUCAAUAAGUCGGAGCGACAUUCCUCUCCGUUGACUAGCAAAUCGCCCGAAAUUGUGAGAAGGACAACGCUGCAACAAUGUCGAUGCCAUCCUGUGUUCAAAUUCGCCCAAUCUGUGAUGGACGAACUGAGCAGCGAACAACAAAAGAAAUUUACCAUCGAUGUAACGAAGCUGCUGUUGAAGUAUCAAGAGAAUAAUUUGGUGUGAUAAUAAACGAGGCAA